GGUUCGCACAUUUUUGUUUCGCCGAUGUUUGCCGGGAUAGACGCCGAGCAAGAGAUGUCUGUGAUGGUUUCGGCCUUGACUCAGGUGGUGGCCGGAAAUGACGGCAGCUACCAUCCCCCUCCCGCCGCCGACGGAUCUUAUUCCCAGCAGUCGUCGUGGGGUGUCGGAGUGAAACUGGAAUCGCCGUCGUCCUCUAUUCCCCCGGGAUACUUAGGAGGAGGGGCGGAAUGCAGAAUAAUAAGAUCAAUGAGCACCGGCAUGGGAGGGACAGGUGAAGCAGCUGCGGCAACCUCCUUCGUAUACACCUCCGGUAGCAGCCCCGAUUCAGGCGGCGACACUAGCGUUGUUAAUAUCAACGACGGUGAACAUGACGGGACGACAAGACAGGGAGGAGGAAGAAGAUACAGGGGAGUUAGACAGCGGCCAUGGGGGAAAUGGGCCGCUGAGAUCAGAGACCCCUACAAAGCCGCCAGAGUGUGGCUCGGGACCUUCGACACCGCCGAGGCCGCCGCCCGAGCCUACGACGAGGCCGCCCUCACUUUCCGGGGAAGCAAAGCCAAACUCAACUUCCCGGAGAACGUCAUCGGCCUCUCCCCCACCGCCACCCAACAUUUCAUCUUUUCCUCUUCUUCUUCUCCACCUAAUCAGUCGUCUUCGUUCUCGAGCUUUUCCACGCCGCCGCCGGAAUAGCGUGCCGCCGCCGCCGUCUUCAAUCUUCUUCCGCAUAAAACAAUAAUCUUUCCAUAUGGAUUAGGAGCCGACCCACUCAACUAUAUUUGGCGGCCCCUAAUGUUUCAUCAUUGUUGACUUUUCCUAAUCAAAUUGAACCAAAGUCUAAUCAUCAAAUGGUUUUUUUUGACUUUCCAUUAAUUUGUGUGAAGUCAAAUGGUGGCUUAGAUUUAAGGAGGGAGUACAAAAUAUGUAUGAGUAAAUUUUUAAAAUUAUCUUUUCUAUUAAAAUGUUUUUGUUUCU